CGUCAAAGUCUCCUUAUCCCCACUCUUAGAAAAUUACUUUCUUGUUCAACCAGACGAGCCCAUCGACAUGUCGUUCGCUUCUUUAGCUUUUGUGCUUUUCGUUGCCUCAGCUAGUGCAACCCCUUUGGGACAAGAGAGAUGUUCAUGGGGACCAUCUUACUGGUGUGCAAAGUACAAACAAGCUGUAGAAUGCAAUGCAUUGGAACAUUGUCGCGCUAAAGUUUGGUCUGUAAAAGAUGAGGUAGCUUGUGAUGUUUGUAAAGAACUUGACCCUUUGAUGAGAGCAUACCUGGAGAAAAAUACAACUCAAACAGAGCUUGUUACUCUGGUAGAGGAAGCUUGUGAGAAGUUUGCUGGAUCUUAUGCAGAAGUGUGCAAGUCCUUAGUUGAUCAGUAUGAACCACUGCUUAUGAAUACCAUUUUGGAAUACUUGGCUGAUCCUCAGCAAGCCUGUACAACUUUGGGAUUAUGUUCAAGUGAGGUGAAACAAGUCGACGCCAAGCUCAUCUUCAAGCCUUUGAAGAAACAGAUGAUAAAACUUGUGAAGCCUCUUGCUCUUGCUGCCAAGCACAAGCCAGUUGUUGUCAAAUCCAAACCAGUCAAGACCUCUGCGGAGUGUAUUUUGUGCGAGUUUAUCAUGGACAAACUUGAUUCUAUCCUCAAGCAGAAUGCCACUCGGGAAGAAAUUGAGGAGGCUUUGGACAAAGUUUGCAGCUAUUUACCAUCUUCAAUCUCUAGUGAAUGUACCCAGUUUAUCAAUCAGUAUAGUGAUGCAAUCUUGCAAAUCCUUGCCCAAGAACUUGACCCAAAAGAAGUUUGCACAGCGCUUCAACUUUGCACAAGUCAGGCAAAAGGUAAAGAAGUAAAAUUCCGACUGAUAGAAAUAUCCCAAAAAGCCAUGGAGAAGCCAAAGAUUCAUCUUCCAAAGAGUAAUGAGACUUGUGAAAUCUGUGACACUGUCAUGACUUACUUGAAGAUGUUUCUGGCAGAAAAUGAAACUCAGCAAGAGAUUUUAAAUGUAUUGAAACAACUUUGCAGCUAUCUGCCAGAGCAGCUCUCUUCUGAGUGCACUGCCAUUGUGACUGAGUACGGACCAGCCCUUCUGAAUCUGAUUGCAGAAAGUGAUCCAGAAACCCUAUGUGAGGAAAUUGGACUGUGCUCUGCCUUUAAAAAGGUGACAUUGAAAAAGGAGGGCAAAUUCUGUUUCCUUGGUGCCUCAUACUGGUGUGAAAACAAGUUUAAUGCAAUCCAAUGCAAUGCUUUGAAACAUUGCACAGACCAUGUGUGGAACUGAAGGCAAAACACACCCCCAAGAGAGAGCCUUUUGCUUGACUAUAGUACUAAUGAUUAAAAAUUAAAAGUAGCUUGUUGUAUGCCUUACACUUCUAAGAUCAGACUGGGAGCUACUUGCUUUAGCCAUUUGGUAAACUGUUGGUGUGAUAAACUGCUGUUGCAGUGCUUACCCUCAAUAACAAAGAUAUCCAAUAACAGUUAGGGAGUUGUCUUCAGUUGAGAACAACACUCAGAAAUAAGAAUUCCACUUCAUUUUUUUAUGGUAAUAUUUUGCUUUUAAUGGUAAGGUCAGCACUUCUAAAAUUAGAUUAAAUGAAAAACACCAUGUAGCUCAUUUAUUUGCCCGAAAUAAAAUGACAAUGCUUUU